AUUAUGUAAUAUGUUUUCAUUUAUAUGCAUAAAAUGUAUUCUUGUAUGGCCAAAGGGAGAGUGUCUAAUGUCUUUAGGGCAUCUCCAUCCUCACUCCAUUUUUUUUCUCUAAAAUGGAGUAAAAGUGAAUAUGGAGUGAGGAAUGCUCCAACCCAACUCCAAAUCUCACUCCAUAAUGAAAUUUACUCCAUAAAUGGAGUAAUUUAUUUUUUGUUUGUUCAUCACUCCAUUAUGGAGUGGGAAAUGGAGUAAGGUUAGAGCAAUUUUACUCCAUUUGCACUUUUACUCCAUUUUGGAGGAAAAAAUGGAGUUUUACAUUGGAGAUGCUCUUAACUGUAUUUCUUGUUCCUAUAAGCAUAUUAUUAAAUAUGAAAAAUAUUCAUUAUGUAAUAUUAGCCAUAAAACUCAUGGCAAAGCCUAGUCCGCCCAAUAUGUUAUGUAGUAGUUUCUUUCAACAAUGUUAUGUAGUUUUUUAAUAUUUUUCAUUCCUGCGUAAAUAUCAUGAAUUGUAUCUAAUAUAUACUUGCAAGUUAUAAACCUUGAAUAGAAGUAUGCACUGGUAAUGAUUUACACGUUUGAUGACCGGUGGGACAAUCAGAUUGAGUGACGAAAGAAUAUAAACAUAUGAAACUAAUUCCGAAGAAGGUCUAGUUGGGAUCAUAUAUAUGAUUAGGGCUCAAGUUUUAUACUGCAGUUUUCAAUUAUGGUUAACCAUUGUCAAUGUUUAUAAUGGAGGAUAUAUGAUGCAGCACAACUCUAAUAAUUAGUUUUUUUUUUUGGGUUUCAAGCAGACUAGAUACAAGUCAGUUGUAUCAAACUUUCAUUUUCAGAACUGAUUUUUACAUCUUUAGCAAGAAAAAAAAAAGAUUUUAUUUUGGUUCAGAAACACAUGUUUUGAUGUAUUAAUUAUCAGCAUUACAUUGUCAGCAUUAUAAACCUAGAUUCAGACCGGUAUCUAGCUACACUGGACUUUCAUCAGUCGUGUCCAAAUGCUCUUCUCUUCUUUUUCAUUUUAUAAAUGUCAACCAAUUUUGUUACAAUAAUUUAAUGGUAUUAUAGAUUGCAAUGUUCGUAGAAGAAAAAGAAAGAAUCUUGAGAUAUUAUGAGUUACAGUUGAAACAAAUCAAGUAGGCGACACAUGGAUACUAGUAUCUUCAUUUACACACGCACAUUACAUAUAAGAUGGAAUCAGUUACAUAUACAUUGACACAUUUUUAUUCCUGUAUACGCACACAUAGUAUACAAUGGCCACCUUUUUAUAAAUAAAAAUAUAUUUGUGGAGUAGGGUCAGAUAUGGAUAAACUUCUUAUCUCAGAUUUUUUUCCAUGUCAAAGAUGACGCAAUAGUCACCAGCAAAUCUCUUUUCUCGUCGCGUACACUUCUGAAUUUUAAACUACUAUAAUGCAACCACUCUGAAACAUAAUGUAUGAAACAUUAAGAACAUUAAUACCCUUUAUUAGUUAUUUUAGUUAUGAAGCGCCAAUCGUUUACAUUAAUUAAUUAAUCAUAUUACAAAAUUCAUGUAUCUAUAUCUAGCAACUAUUAUUGUGAUAUAUUUUGUCGUCCACGUAUAAAGAGCCAAUACGAGAUGAUGUUGUCCAGAAAUGGCUUUAUCUUUUCUUCAGGUACUUACUAUAAUAUAAUUAUGACAAAACUAAUUAUUUAUGUGGAUAAUUAGUUGAGUUGUAGACUUGUAGUCAUACAUAGAACUUAGUAUGUGACACUUUUUACUGUAAUUGUAUAUUGUUUUGCUGAUUUUACAGUUUUUAAGCCUCUCAUAGUUACAUUAGGAAAAAAGAAAAUAAGACAUGAACAAAAAUAUAAGACUGCAAAAACUGUAAGUUUUAUAUAGAACUUUUAUAUGAAACCUACUCAUUUUCUUUUGGAAACACACAUGAAACAUACUAAUUAGAAUUAAGAAAUAGAUGCCGUAAAACAGUAAAAUAUAUAUACCGUCCAACCAAUGCUAAAUGAUAUCACUCUCUCCAUGUACUAGUGAAAACCAAAGCGCAUGAAAAUUGAAAUAUCAUAUCACUUUAUUGUUCAUGGCACAUUACCGCAAAUUAUUAACCUUCCACGUUUCCACUAUAACUUAAAAGGGGAAUAAGAUAUAAUUGUAAAUUAAUGUUUUGGGUAUGUGAUGCUACUGCCAGCCACGGACCGAAAGUGAUAUAAGUCAUCUCUCUUAAUAUUUUUGUAAUAUAAUGCACAUUAUAAAUAUAUAACAGACAAUCCCACCUCUGCUAUAAGUCCAUUAUAAAUAAACUAUAUAAAUCAACGACAAUUAAAUACAUAAAAGGAGUCUCCAUCAAACAAAAUCAUAAGGGUAAGCAUUUUUCUUAUCCGUAAUUAUAUCACAAAGAACUUAGCCUAUUUCUAGGAAAUUUUGGUCUGUGGGACAUUUUAAUUACAAUAAUAUAUUUCGAGUGGGGUAUAUCAAUUAUAUAGUUAUCCAGUAGUGAAUUAUUAUAACAAAAUAAAAAAAAUCCAAGAUCUUCCACAAUGACCAUUAUAAAUACCAGCUGACCCAAGCAUAUCUACAAAUACAACCUAAGCCUUUCUCAUUCCAAAAACAAACACUUCAUUUAUUACUAAGUUUUCUUGAUCAACCGCAAAUGGAGAGAAUAAGAGAUCUGUCGUCGAAGACAGCAGCAGUAAUAUUCACUAAGAGCUCUUGCUGUAUGUGCCAUAGCAUCAAGACGUUAUUCUACGAACUAGGAGCUAGUCCAGCGAUCCACGAGCUCGAUAAGGACUCCGAAGGCCGUGAAAUGGAGCGGGCCCUGCGUGCGCUCGGCUCAUCAAACCCAGCAGUUCCAGCUGUUUUUGUCGGAGGAAGGUAUAUCGGAUCAGCCAAAGACAUCAUCUCGUUCCACGUCGACGGGUCGCUCAAACAAAUGCUUAAAGACGCAAAGGCCAUAUGGCUAUAGCGUUCUAACAGUUACAUGUAUGUAUAUAUGCAUGUAUACAUAUAUAUAUAUAUGAUGUCAAUAAUCAAUGUGUAAAACAUAUAUCAUAUAGAUAAUCGGGAGGAAGCAUAGAUGUAUUAAAAUGCUGGGCUUCCUUCGCAUGGAGGUGAUUUAUAAUAAGUUAUAUACAUUUAUAGAUGUAUAUAUGCAUCUUGACUUGCAUUGUACGGAGGAAAAGACAAGUGUACUUUUAAGCAACUGUUGUAACACUAGUGUUUAAGUUCCACGGUAAAGAUAAACAAAAAUGUAAAAUCAUAUGAUUAAAUGCGUCAUUUUGUUGAAAUGCUA